AUGUCUAAGGAAGUCAGUGAAGAAGGACGACAUGGCAAAGACUAGGUGGAUCCACCUCCAGCACCGCUUCUGGACAUGGGAGAACUAAAUUUCUGGUCUUUCUACAGAGCGCUCAUCGCCAAGUUUAUAGCUACCCUUCUCUUAUUCUACGUAACCGUAGCUAUCAUCAUUGGCAACAAUAACCAGACCGGUCCUUGCAACGGCAUCGCUUGGGCCUUUGGUGGCAUGAUCUUUGUCCUCAUUUACUGCACCGCCGGUAUCUCGGGUAUAACCGUUCAACCCGCCGUGACGUAUGGUUUGUUUUUAGCUCGGAAAGUGUCCCUCCUUAGAGCGGUUGCUUACAUGGUGGCUCAGUGUCUUGGAGCUAUUUUUGGAGUUGGUAUCGUUAAGGCCUUCAUGAUGACUCCGUACAAACUUCUCGCCGGCGGAGAUAACACCGUCGCUGAUGAUUAUAGCACCGAAAAUGUUCUCGGCAAAUUCGUCCUGGUCUCUACAGUCUUCUCAGCUACUGACCCUAACAGAAGCGCUCGUGACUUUCACGACCUAAAAGGUUUCUAUAGUUUCUUAUAA